CUCAAAGGCAACAGGUUAUUCCUUCCUUGACUUCAACAUACGAACUAUACUGUCCUUUUCAUUAAAUCGGCCGAUCUAAAAACAUUAUCUCUCUUGAUUCUUUACAAAUAUCGCCUUCCGCGCAAGGCAGUCGAUCAUCGCCCUCACCUAUAAACUCUACGCCAGACAAGAUAUAAUGUUUCUUCGACAGAUCUAACGGUCAACACCUUUGCGUUGCUUACUUCCUAGUUUGCACUGUCUUCGUAUCAUUCAGACGCAUGAUCUAUGGUUGCUAGCCUGUGAUUGCCGAACAUUCCCGUCCAAUCCUCACAUCACCUCACCUCUCGUCCUACACUCUGUGCGCGCCUCGGUAUGGAUGCCAACGCAGCCCAACGGCCUGCGCAACCCGCACCAGCUCAACAGGCCUCUUUGAUCCGUCCAGAACAGGUACAAAGGCUACCACAACUCAAUCCCUCGCAGAAACAGCAGUACGAACAAGGCGUCAAAAGAUACUGGGAAGUUUUAAACAGCACUCAGCAAGGGGAUCCAAAGUACAAUGAAGCAUACCAAGGACUUGUGCGAACAUCGGGCCUCUUAAUGGCAGGUAUGAAGCAGUGGCAGCAGGCCGCCAAACAAAGACAAGUCGCCCAACAACAGGCUUCCCAGCAAGCCGCCCAGCAGCAGCAGCAGCAGCAGCAGCAGCAAGCCCAACAGCAACAGCAGGCACAAGCGCAACCACAAGGUCAAAAGCAGGCGGCACAGGUUGCUCAGGGACAGAAUGGUACGGGACAGGCUGGCAACAGCAGCAUGCAAUUUAACCAGUUGAUGCCUGAAAUUCAGAAAAGAGUCAAUGAACAAAAUUUCUACUACCCGCCAGCCAUGACAAAGGGUACCGAACCGGCAGAGAAUUGGCUACGUGAGGCGAAAACUCGGCUGGGACAGGCUCUACAAAGAUUACAGGUUGCCAAACAAAAGAAGGCUGAAUUCCAACGGCAAGCACAGCAGCGACAGCAGACGGGAAAUCCUUUGACACCGCAAGAGACAGAAGUCUAUAAUAACAAAAUAGCACAGUGUGAUCGAGCGAUCAACGAAAGUGGUUCAUUUAUGAAGAAGUUUAAUGAACAACAGGAACAAUUUCGGAGCGCACAACCACAGCAUCAGUACACGAAGCAAGCCGCUCCAGGCGGUGAAGCCACUGAGUCGGGAGUUAUGCCUCACCUGCAACCAGGCGUCCAAGGUCCACAGGCACAUUCAAUCAGCAGUGCUGUCUCUGCCGCUCGCAACCAGGCCAGUGCUGCUCAAGCAAGUGUUCCUGCAGUGACAAGCGCGCAGGCAGGCCAAAUCACUACCACAGCUGCGCAAUCCACGCCUGUCACUGCAACCCAACCACAAUUCCCUCCAACCGCGCAAGCGGACAGUGCCACGGCAGCGCGUCCGGUCUCUCAUCAAGGUCAACCCAUAGCCCCCCAGAGCGCAACACAAGCCAUCCAUCCUCACCCGUUAAACACGAGUAUCACCAACGCGAAAACCUCGACACCGGUCAUCACCAAAAAUCUUCAAGUUGCUGAGCCCAAACCCGUUCAGAUGCCACCAUCCCGACCUACCUUAACGGGUGGAGCAGGUGUCGGACUGCCAGGACAACUUGCGCAGCCAGCACUUACAGCACUGCCCGGAUAUGUGCUGGAAUCAAGCGAAGAUGGCAGAGUCCUGUCGAAGAAGAAGUUGAAUGAGCUAGUCCGCGAAGUUUGUGGGCCAGGUCCAGAUGAACAGCUUGACCCAGAGGCUGAAGAGAUCUUUCUGCAAGUCGCCGAUGACUUUGUUGAUGACCUUGUGACCCAGGCUUGCAAGUUGGCUAAACUUCGUGGCUCAUCUAGCUUAGAAUUGCGCGACAUUCAAAUUAUUCUGGAACGCCAGUAUAAUAUUCGAGUUCCGGGCUAUUCAACAGACGAAAUCAGAACAGUGAGACGACCUCAAGCUGCGCCUGGUUGGGCUCACAAGAUGAGCGCGGUCCAGGCUGCCAAAUUAACUGGAGGUGGAGGCAACACAACAGCAGUUGGCGCUGGCGGAAAAGACAGUUGAUGAAUCUCUUGGGCGUUGGGAGUCUUCUUGUUCCGCGACGCAUGUUAUCUUGUAUUCUACUGGGUUUUCUGGACGAGAAAUGAUUCGAUACCAUUAGCAUUGGGGCCGCAGGGGCACUGGAGGUUUUGAUUGCGGCGGCGACGGCGGCCACAUCUCUUUUCUUGAUCCUCCCCAAAAAUCAGUGACGAGGGAAUGGCUUGUGUACCUGGUAGUAUGUUCUCAUUCGAACCAUUACCAUUAACUUUCA